AUGUCCCCUACGCCCCUCUGCCAUGGAGUCGCCCACGUGAAAGGAACGGCUUCUGGAAGGCUGAUUGCCAGCCACGUGGAGUUGAGUUUCUGGGGUGGCGUCGACCCCCAAACAGGCCGGGUGAUUGACCAACACCACCCCUUGAAUGGUCACUCUUUGGAAGGUCGCAUCCUUGCCAUUCCAGGUGGUCGUGGGUCCUGCUCGGGCAGUGGGGUGAUGCUUGAACUCCUACUUAACAACCAUGGACCUAAGGCAAUACUCUUUGAGCGCCGCGAGGAUAUCCUCACCUUGGGGGUAAUGGUCGCGGAUGAGAUGUUCGGCAGGGCAAUUCCAGUGAUAAAACUGGAUGCAGACGACUUUCAACGGGUGCUGGAACUGCAUGACACUUACAUCACGGUCGGUGAUGGUUACAUCUUCGACAAGGAGUUACCCGGGACAUUGCAUGAACGGCUUGACUGCCACUCCAAAACACCAACACCAUUGGUGCUGACCACAAAUGUGCAACUGUCCGAUGUGGAUAGAGCGUUGAUUCAGGGAGAAUAUGGAGAAGCUGCUCGCGUGGCCAUGCGGAUUGUUCUGCGAAUGUCCGAGUUAUUAGAGGCUCGCGAACUGAUCCCGGUCACCCAGGUUCAUGUCGAUGGCUGUAUCUAUACCGGACCUGGAUCGCUAAUGUUUGCAGAGAGGCUGCGCGAUCUGGGAGGUCAGGUCCUUGUUCCGACCACCCUGAACUCUAUCUCUGUCGACCAAAAGCGAUGGCGCGCCCAAGGCGUAAAUAUGGCGUUUGGGGAAGCGGCCGACCGGUUGGCCAAAGCGUAUAUUGACAUGGGUGCCCGGCCAACUUUUACAUGCAGCCCCUACCAGCUGGACAGCGCCCCUAAACUCGGAGAUCAAAUUGCUUGGGCAGAAUCGAAUGCCGUGGUAUAUGCCAACAGUGUGCUUGGGGCGCGUACUAUGAAAUAUCCCGACUUUCUCGAUAUCGCCAUUGCUCUCACUGGCCGCGCCCCUAAAGGAGGACCGCAUAUUGAUACGAACCGCCAAGCUACACUGAUUGUUCGGUUACUAGACACCGCGAACUUGCAUGUCGAUGACUCCUUCUAUCCUGUCCUCGGGUAUCACGUAGGGACCCUGGCAACCAAUCAGAUCCCGGUGAUCGUGGGCCUUGAAUCCUUGGCCCCGAAUCGGGAUGACCUCAAGGCGUUUGGGGCCGCAUUUGCGACGGUGUCAAGUGCCCCGAUGUUCCACAUGGUUGGUAUUACACCAGAGGCAAAGACCAUAGAAGCCACCAUCCGACCUGGAACCCACCCACCUUGUCUUGCUGUGAAGAUGGAGGACCUGAUACCCUGUUGGGACACACUGAACACUGCAUCACACGCCCAAGCCGUGGAUCUUAUUUCUCUUGGUAACCCACACUUCUCACUGAGAGAAAUUCGACGAUUGGCUACUCUAUGCCAGGGGCGUACGAAAUGCGAAGGGGUGGCGGUGAUGGUAACCUGUAGUCGUGCGACAUACGGCUUGGCUGAUCAAGCCGGGCUUAUUCAGGAGCUGGAGAGGUUUGGUGUGCGAUUUACCACUGAUACCUGCUGGUGCAUGAUUGCAGAACCCAUUAUUCCACGGUCGCUCAAUGCAAUCAUGACAAACUCUGGGAAAUACGCCCAUUAUGGCCCUGGACUCACGGGGCGGAAGUUCUACCUGGGCAGCUUAGCUCGGUGCGUUGAGACUGCCUGCCAGGGGCGUCCAGUUGACCAUUACCCGUCCUGGAUGGUGAAGAAUAUUUGA